ACACACACAUUAAAGAAUGGCAGAACAGGAGAACAUCAGAAACUUGCUGCCUCGUCGACCAAUCAUCUUCAAGAAAGAAAAAAGACACGUGUCGAUUCACCACCAGAGAGUGAGAGAGGAGAGGAGGAAGCACCAGGAUCACCACGCCACUCUGGGUGUGGUGACCUACUGUGUCACUACGCCAGCACAGUACCUCAGGAGAGGUCACAGUUCCCUCACACAGCAUACGGUGAAAGUCAACAACCUUGCCAGAGCUGCAGAGGUGCAGAAGCAUGAGUGUGAACGCCGUCCUCGUCUUCCUGUACCAGUGAAAUACCCGCCAGAGGCCAGACACAACAGGCGGGGUAAGGACUGGGUGAGGACCAACGUUGGAUGGGUGAGGGGUCUGAGCCCCCCUCGACCCCCUGCCAGGGUCGUGGACACCAAGGAAGGGGUCGUGUACGACCUGCUGUCUUCUGGACGACACCCCAAUUAUGUCUUUAAGAAGACAUUUGGUCGUGUUCCUACCUACCUGCUCCGUCGCAAGGAGCAGCUGGAGCAGGAACAGCAGCAGCAGGAGGCUCCUGGGGACAGCAGCAGCAGCAGCAGGAAAAAGAAGAUAGAUAGUAACAAUGAGAAGGAAGAUUUCAAGCUCCUUACGGAAGCUGAGAAGAAAGAUUUACUUCAGGGACUGAGCCAUAACCUACGUGAGACACAGCGGGCGCUGCAGUCGCUCCCUGUGAUGUGCGAGACCAAAGCCAGCAUCCGCAGGAGAGAUGAACUCCAGGAUACCGUAAGCGAUUUGGCAAGGUAUAUCUUCCUCCUCCACAACUACAGCGUCGCUAUCUCUGCCUGAGCUCAAGCUCCCGGGCCCCGGCCCUCACAGAAGGUCACCCG